AUGACUAGCGACCCACCCCUGCUUCGCCCAGGCUGCACGUUCCCCCCUCGCUGGCACGGGCGCUGGUUCCAGUCGGGGGUGAUCCAGCCCAUCAUCAUAGAGGGAGACCGCCUCUCCAACAAGGGGAAGUGCGUUUCGUCAGAGGGAGACAAGUUUCUGAUAGUUGACGAGAAAGGCUGUUACCGCUGCGUCGUGAUGCACGAAAAACAUCAGAAUGUCCUACAAUAUAAAGAAACGUUCUGCUACCGCCGAGAUGCCCUGCCUCACCUGUGCACCCUCAUCACGGGAGAUGCGCUCUUGUACUCGAUGUUUCGGGAGAAUGCAGACCCGGUGGACUGCCCUCUGAAGGGACCCUUCUCUUUUACUUACAACAGGGGUCAUGGUGACUGCAAAAGCCCGGUGUCCUCGAUCGAGAGCUGCACUGAGGACUCGAGGCUACUCCUCAACUAUCAAGCCUGCCCUGACGUGCACGGUUCUGAGAGCACCGUGGAGGAACUGGAGUGCCUAGCAACGUGGAAGGAGGGCAGCCUUCGGUUCCUGGUGGGCAAACUGCACCACAACCACGCGACCAGCAACGAGGACCGCUACCGCUGCUUCGUCUACGAGAAGACAAAUGGUAUUGCAUCAGGAAGUGCAGCGAAAGACGGCCCCAGCGCCCCUGGUGGCGUGGAGUACAGAGUGGCCCAGUCUGGUGACGCGACCUGCAACGGCCUGUUCAGCGCCACUGAAGGCUCCAGGACUAUGGCUUUGAAGCGAGUAUCAGUUCGCUUCAACUGCCAGUUCCCGUCCUGGAUGACGUUCUCGCACACGUGGCACACGCUAGACUUCAGCAGCAACUACACGUUCUACCAGCGGAACGCGACGCUACGGAUCAGCAACCAGACCGGAGCUGAUAUUAAAGUCUACUGUGUGAAUGUGAAAGCCAGCUCUCCCAGUGGAAACUCCGUGGCUUUGGUCGCGCACUGGCAGCACCAUUGCAGUAACUACACGUUCUACCAGCGGAACGCGACGCUACGGAUCAGCAACCAGACCGGUGCUGAUAUUAAAGUCUACUGCGUGAAUGUGAAGGCCAGCUCGCCCAGUGGAAACUCGGUGGCUUUGGUCGCGCACUGGCAGCACCACUGCGUGUCCCGCUACGUCUGCGUGGUGCUGUACCGGCGGGACACGUACAUAGCUGAGCUGCAGCGAGGCGCGCCCACCGCGAGACCCGACGAGGCGUGCUCGCCGCAUCACUUCAAUGCCGUCACGGCGCCCUACGUCACGCUAGUCGCAAGCAAUCCAGAAUCGAAAGAGUGCCCUUACCCUGGAAAAUACAGCAUCCAGAACAGCAGACAGCAACGGGACGUGCGCUCCCUCGACAGGAUACACAGGAGCAAACGGGAGUCGAUCCUGGAGCGUAGGGUUAACGGGACGAGGCUGUUCAACUUUAGCGUAAGGAACAUGUCGGAAGAGGCCAUUUUGAGGAGUCGGAGGCAGGCGGAGGAUUACGCGUGUUCAAGCAGCUAUAGCAGACUGGAGGUCGGCUGUAACUCCGCUAAGAACAUGGAGUUCUAUUCCACUUGUGAGAAUAGGGAGUUAGUUACAGCGUAUACGUGCCACGGCGGCUGGUACGAGAAUGGCGUCUCGUUCGUAGUGACGACGCCGGUAACGCGCGACAGUACCGCAGCACGGCGCUACUGCUUCGUGUCCCAAGACACGCGCGGGGGGGCACUGGGUGUAGCGCGCUCGCCAAACAACUGUGAGAGAGGGGCUCAUCAGUCUAUGGUCUUCGACGCCACUGCUACUGCGCGGCGCUACUGCUUUGAGUCUGAAGACACGCGCGGGGGGGCGCUGGGGGUAGCGCGCUCGCCGAACAACUGCGAGAGAGGGGCGCAUCAGUCUAUGGUCUUCGACGCCACUGCUACUGGUUAG